GCAGGGAGUCCCACUCCGCGCCCGCGCUCCGCCGCCGCCGCACGCUCGCUCCGCGUCGCGACUAUCUCGAAUUUCGAACGCCGCACGUCGAAAUCUCGAAUUCCCGGGUGUUUUGCAAAACGAACGUUUUUGAGGUGUUGCUGUGACAUUUUCUGUUGGUGCUGGUUUAUUGGUUCUAUCGUGACCAAGCGGAAGUUCAAAUAGGAAUGACAAACACCGUUUUCGAACGAAAAAAUUAAAAAGUUACGGCAGAAAAAGAAAAAAUAAUAGCCGUCACUUUUUCGUGGGAAUUUGUGAGUGGCCAGUCCGAAAAUGCUUCGUUAUUGGUUGUGCUUCGCGAGUGCGGUGUGCCUGGCGGGUCAUUGCGGGGCCAACUACUGCCGAGACGCCAACCUCUGCUGCCCCGGGAGAGACAGCUCUUGCGUGGUGCAGAAGGCGCAUCAGAACGCCAUCAUUGAGGACCUGACUGACAAGCCGUGCUACUGCGACCACGCCUGCCUGAAGCUUGGGGACUGCUGUCCGGAUUUUAAAGCGACUUGCGGAGUGGUAGACUGCGUAGUCUCCUCCUGGAGCGAGUGGUCGGAAUGCGACAGCGACUGCGGCGCGGGCUCCAUGGUGCGCACGCGGCGGGUGGCGCAGGCGGCCGAGCACGGCGGCCGACGCUGCCCCGCGCUGCUGCAGCGGCGCGCCUGCCACGACCACCGCGGCUGCCGGGAGAGGAGCGACCUGCCGCGACGAGAAGAGAUGGCGCAGAUCCUGCCGGGCGCGCUGUCCGUGAGCCGGCACUCCAACGAGACGGUGGACAUCCGCAAGAACCUGCGCCUGCGCAACCCCGACGACCCCGAGUCCAACUCGCAUCGGGAGUACUGCAUCCAGUUCGAGGUGAUCAAGUCAUCGAAGGCGUGCCACCUCGACUCGGAUUACAAAGCGCUGCGGGAGGGCGGCAAGGUGAGCGUGCUCUGCGAGACAGCCGCCCUCAAGCGGGGUCUGGAGUGGCGCUGCGAGGGCCACGGGGUGGCGGGCCACGCCACGCGCUUCUCCGCGCUCGUGGCGCCUCACUGCCACGGCAAGUGGACGCGGCUGCAGCACGUGCCGCGCGACGGGGAGCCUUGCCGCACGCCUGACUUCAUCUUUGUGUAGGGUUCAAGUGGUUGGAAUGGUUUCUGAGAGGAUGUUCAAGGGUUUUCGGUUAAAUUGAACGAUGGGGGUUGAUCGAAGCUGUACCGGCCGCUACACGGAUUCGUUAUCCACGUCGAUAACAUCGUAUUAUGCGCAUUCCACCACAGCUCUGUAUUUGUGGCGAUUCGCGAUAUAUCCUUGUCGAUAACGAACCCAUGUAGCGGCAGUAGGCGUAUCAACUCUAGUGACAUUUAUGCUUCUAGUGGCCCCUACUUUUGUUUGGAAAAAUACGACUGGAGUCUCUAGGGGGAAAAUUUUGAAUGUUCUCUCAGAAACUGAAAGUUUUUGUGCCAUUUUUUAAAAGUUACUUGUCAUUGUUUUUAUAGCAAGCAAAAAAGUUACGAUUUAUUAUAUUAUUCCAGUGAAAUCUAAAUACGAUCUUUGUACAAUGACGAUGAACCUAGUGGAAUUUAAUAACUUUUUGAUGCAUUUCCGUUUCGACGCCAAAAUCGUUGUGAAAAAAUCAUAGACACUAGAAUUUAAAAAAAAAUACGUCGUUCAGUUUUAUCGUAAAAAAUUUAGAAUGUUAAUAUUUUUGGCAGAAAAUUGCAGUUUUUAUACGAACUAAUGUUAGCAUUGUCUUAAUAUUAUUAUGUUGAAUGAGUGUUUUAGUUUGAUAGACCUACUUAGACUGAAAAGUUUUUUAAGUUUUAGUUUUAUUGGAUAGGUUUUAUAAUUGAAAUCAGUAAUAAUAAUGGACAUCAGAAGUUGUGAGUAGACAAAUGAAGGUAAAUUGUAAAUUAUUACACUUGGCCAAGUAAAUAUUGUAUGAUUCACGUUAAUUGGUUGGUAAAUAAUAUGGACCUAGUAGGACUCAAAAUCUAAGAAU